GGAGAGCAGCCUUGCGAGUCUCCUGUCAAAUCGAUCGCAGCUGGGGAGGAGUGAGGAAUCCCUAACUAUCAUUAUAACUCAGGUCUCCUCCAGCGAGGGUGACAUGCGAUCGCCUGCCUGCCGCUAAGACAAGAAGUUGCUCGGAUCUUAACUGAAUCACGCCUGUUCGGAUUAUCCGGCUCCUCUGUGCGUUUUUCUUCUGUAUUGGUGCAGAUGUGACCUCCUGCUGGUCUUGGUGUAUGUCUCUGUGCGACGAAUUUACCGAAAUGUGAGCGACGCCAACUUCGAAAUUAAGACGGCAGAAGUGGCGCCGGUGGCGGCUUUGCGAUAACCGGCCCCGAGGUCCUACUGUAACCGUCCUUGCGCUGUGAACAAAUUAUUCAAUUUCACUGAAGUCGGAAAUUAGAAUCACUAAAGUGAAAAACAAUUAACAUCUGAUUCUGGCGGAUAUCUUAAAGCCUGUUUGGGUGAAUUAGACCAUCGAUCGUAUCGAUUCAGAUCUCCCGGAUUGCCUCGCACGGCCUCAGGGGGCCUGGAGUGAUCAAGAUGUUCUCUGUCUACCUGAGGGCCAGUCGGACCAGAAGCGGCCUGCAGUUGGUGCGCCGAGAAGAUCGCAAUCGAUUGGCAUGAUCCAUAAACAAACGACAUCUAACAAGGCUGUGCAGUCGAUGCGAUUGGCUGCGUCUGACGCUGUUAAAGGCUGGAAGGCAGGCAGACUGCGAGGACGGUUCAGGGCCCCCAGUAAUCGCCACACAGCGUUUCCGCUGCGUGGGACCCUCUCUUUUCUUUCCAGCUCUCAGAUCUCGUCCGUUUUGCCCGGAGAUCUUGUUCCCCGUGGCACAUUGUGAGCUGCAUUUCCUUUUUAAUGGUGGUUCAAAAAGCUGGCUUGGCUCACCAACGCUGGCCAGUCCAGGAAAAACAGAAGCUCUUAAUCAACACCCUCAUCCGGAUGUUAUUUAUAUAUUUUCUAAUGGUGAAGCCGUGGUAUUACGGGCUCAGGAUACUGUUUCUACAAAGUGCUCAUCAUUGAUCUCCUUGUCUGACGGAUAAUGAAUUUUAAUUGACUUUUGGUUAGGGUGUUGGUUUAUUGAAAAGUGUGGAGCAGAUGGUCUUGUCUGUGGUUACACAUGGCUGUUCAGCGUUUGCACUUAAUCUGUCCAUUUGGCUCCACGAUUUGUUUUUCAUUUGGGGUUUUCCAUUUGUGUCGUCCCCAGUGGGAUAUAUUUUUAGAGCUUAUAUGAACCAUGGUGCAUUUAAAAUGAUUUGAAUGUCAUGUUUUAUAGUAAACCGUCACAUAAAGAUAAUUUAGGCUACUCUUAUGGCCUGGGACCAAUAAAAUGGUGAAUUCUGACGGGCAUCGUGUUCAAGAUGACAUGUUUACCAUCUGCAACGUAUUCAGUAAUGUAGUAUACUUAACAUUUUUACUGUUUUUUUUUGUUUUGUUUGUUUAUUUAAAACCACGAACAAUGACGAGUCUUCCCACGAACACGUUUGUCCGUGUACGGACAGGUUGAUGAUCCCUGAUUAUGACUGAUUUGCAAGUUUACUAAAGUUUAUUCGCAAUGCAUGCAGUUUGUUGUUUUCUUACAAAUAUAGCUUGCAGUAUUUAAAACUAACUAUAUGGCUUUUCUUCAAAUUACGAUGUUUGCGGCUGAGAUAACAAACUGCAGCUACGAGGGCCGUCCGGCGGCCAGGGCCGCACCCAGGCGAUGACAGCCGCUCCGUCCAGCCGACCCGGUGCCGGAGCCGAGGAGGAGGGGAUUUAAGGAGGCGAGCGAGGGAAGCGCAGAGAGUCCCCCUCCCUCCCCCUGAAGGACGAUGGUGUGGGCACGGCCCCUGUGCUCACGGCAAGCCGCCCUCCUGCUGUGCGUGAUGCUGCAGUGUUGCUGGCUUUCACACGCUGGCAACCGUAACUCGCGAGGACCGACUGCCCAUUACCAGGUGAAGCAGGGCACCUGCGAGGUGGUGGCCAUUCACCGCUGCUGCAACAAGAACAAGAUCGAGGAGCGCUCACAGACCGUCAAGUGCUCCUGCUUCCCGGGCCAGGUGGCGGGAACCACCCGGGCACAGCCGUCCUGCGUGGAAGCCUCCAUCGUUCUCCAGAAGUGGUGGUGCCAGAUGCAGCCGUGCCUGGACGGUGAGGAGUGCAAGGUUCUUCCCGACCUCACCGGCUGGUCCUGCAGCACCGGCAACAAGGUGAAGACCACUAAGGUCACGCGGUAGCAAGAAAAAACAUGCAGACCAGCCACGGACCCCAAGGCAGGUCUCGUCGUCUGUGUCCCGGAGCGGAGAUAGUUAAAGCAGACUGAGGAUGGACCACGUAGCUGGCGAGGGCGAAAAAGCAUAAGGAAAACUAUGUGAAAUAAACAGACUCGUAGAGGCUCGGAGUGUGGAAUAGUGACCUCGACCCAUAAAGACAGCCCCGAGAUUUCCAGUGCUACUGUACAUGCAUGUGUGUAUGUGUGUGAGGACCCGGACUCCGCUAAUGCCCCUGAAAAGCAUAUAGACCAUGUACCGCGCUCUGGACGUCGGACGGGCCGCGAUGGUCCCGGCAGCCCCCGCUGAGCAACGCCGGCAUCCGCGAACCCGGAUUCAGCGCUGCCGCGACGUUUAGCUGUCUGAGCAAGUUAAUAUAUUCGCAAGUGGAGGAGGGCCCAUGCAUUUUAAAUCAAAUUAUUGUUAAAUUGCUCUUGUGGGUCAAGUUACUACCAUGAAAUGUUUUCUGAAAGUCAUUUUGCAGUUCUAAUUAAGGUUGCUGAUAGGAUCGCAACAACAUAUUAAAAAUUCAUGUCAUAUAUUUGCACUAGUUAACUGUUUUCUGACCCCCCCCCCCCUUCCCAGUCACUUCCUGUCU